AAGAGGAACAAGUUGCUGUGGACGGUGCAGCUCAUAAUAAAUUUUCACAUUGAUUUAUUUGAGAUUUCUCUCUAACAAAGUUUUCUCGGAUCAAUCCCAGCCAAUAAGGGUUUUUGAGGCAUAUCUUGAAGUUCUUUUCAAUGGAAGCCAACCGCCCUGUUGGUUCGGCUUGUGUGCUGAAAGUGAAUAUUAAUUGUUGCAAAGCAUGUCCUGGGAAACUGAGAAAAAAGUUGCAAAAGGUCUAUGGAGUGAGUUCUAUCUAUAUUGAUGUAAAGCAAGGGCUGGUUAAAGUUACUGGUAACAUUGAACCAACCAAAGUUGUAGAGGCAAUAAAAAAGAUUGGAAGAAAGGCAGAGCUUUUGUCCUAUGAAAAGGACCCCCCAGUUGCACAAGAGAAACUUAACCACUUAUUCACUGAGAUACAUAAUAAUCAUAUUGCUGAUUCUGAUUCUAAUUUUGAUGAUGAUGACGACGACGAAGAUGAUAGUGAUGAUUUGCAUGAUGAAAAUUGUGAAUAUGCUCAUCAUAAUAAUCAUAAAACAAAGCCUAGGCACGACCAUGGACCAAAUGGGCAUCAUCAACACCAUCACAAUGUGAAUGACCAGAGAGAGACUAGAGGUACUCCUCUACACCAUCACCAUGUGAAUGGCAGGAGAGAGACUAGAGGCACUCCUCUACGUGGUGCAACCAAAGGGUAUGGUUAUGGUCUACCAAGGCCACCACCGGCAAGGCCACCAUAUGGGUAUCCAGCAAUGCCACCACCAGCGAGACCACCAUAUGGGUAUCCAGCAAUGCCACCACCAGCGAGACCACCAUAUGGGUAUCUAGCAAUGCCACCGUAUGGGUAUCAAGGAUAUCACCAUCAACAAGGGAUGUAUGCAAGGCCACUGCCACCUCCACCUCCACCAGCGGCUUAUUAUGAUCAUCAGUAUAGGCCAAUGAUGCAAAAACCAAGGGUGGCACCACCAUUGCCUCCGUAUGGUUCUUGCUAUACUAGGGAUGCACCAGUUGGCAACUCCGUCUUCCACUAUUUUAGUGAUGAUAACACUAAAGGUUGUUCUAUAAUGUGAGCUG